UUUACUUCACCAUCCUCUAAAGCAACACUUCCAUCUUAGAACUUGCUCAAUUUGAAAUUUAUCUUUGGAAAGAUGGCUUCCAAAAACUCAGCCUCCCUUAUCAUUUUCCUCACAUUCAACAUCCUCUUUUUCACGCUAACUACUGCUUGUGGCGGUGGCUGCGGUUCCAUUCCCAAACCUAAACCUAAGCCCACCCCAACUCCAUCCUCCUCAGGAAGCUGCCCUAGAAAAACUCUCAAACUUGGCGUUUGUGCCAAUGUCCUAAAGGAUCUUCUCAAAAUUGAACUGGGCACGCCACCGGUCAAGCCUUGUUGUUCACUCCUUAAGGGUUUGGUUGAUCUUGAGGCUGCUGCUUGUCUCUGUACCGCCUUAAAGGCAAAUGUUCUAGGAAUUAAGCUUAAUGUUCCCGUCUCUCUCAGUCUUCUUCUUAAUGCUUGUGGCAGGAAGACCCCUCGUGGAUUCAUAUGCGCUUGAUCUACUAUCAAUGCUUCGAUUGGAGAAUAUAUAUCCUCUCUUUUUCAUAUUCAUCUCUCUUUAUAUCGUUCAUUGAAAUUACCUAUUUUCAGUUUUUAAUCCAAUAAAUGCUACUUCUAUUUCUGUUAUUGUAUUCGCUUUAAAAAGUGUGUCCAUGCAUAAUAAAAGUAAUUAAUCGGCUUC